AAUCGGGUGGCCCGAGUCAGAGUGGGCAAGGGGGACAAGCUGGUGACCUACGAGGAGGUGCAAGUACCGCAUUACACCGCCCACUGCAAGGGCUGGCUGUCGCUGCACGCAGGGUGUCUGGUCGACCAGCUGAUCCUAAAGCGCUGGGCUAACCAGUUGGAGAUCUGUGUCCUGGUCUUGAGGCAGCUGCCUGCACACAACUUCUACUUCCUGGUGGGCUAUAGUGAGACUCUGCUGUCCCACUUUUACAAAUGUCCCGUCCGUCUGCACCUCCAGACUGUGCCCUCCAAGGUCGUAUAUAAGUACAUCUAA